AUGCCCCAAGCAAGGUCACAUAUGUUUCGGUAUGGUGACUGUGGUCCGUUGCUUCCUCCACAAACUAAGCGAAGACGUGGGGAAACGGAUGUCAAGGUGCGUAGGAGCCGAGUUUGCCCGUACGCAACUCGUGUGUACCGAUUUAUUUCCGAGGACAUUGCCACGCAGAUUAAGGUUUGCAGCGAGGUCCUUCAGGUGCCCUCAGCAAAAUCUUUUAAUUUGUCUUCGUUAACGGCGAAUGUAUCUUUUGAUGUCAGUUGUCCUUCUGUUGUUUUGACAAUGUGGAAAGAUACAACAUUGGCCGAAAUUGCAACUUUACUCUUGGAUAGUUUCCGCGACGGUGCUGAUCAUGUUUUUGUUGAAUCUCAAGGUGCUGCCCAGAGUGGUGCUGCGAGCGUCACACGCUCUCUUGCAACUAGAUGCGCUUCCUAUGUGAUAAAGUUGUAUUCGGGCUGUGUCAGCGCGGAGGGCAAUGCAACAUUGUGUUGUCUUGCUACAAUUGAGCUGCGUCAAGUUUUAAUUGAGGAAAGUUUUGUUUUUCCUGUACGCCGCUUUUCUAAUGUGGAUGCUGAUACGAACGUGUCGUUGCUGCCGUACAAGUUGGGCGAUCCUCUUUUUUUCACCUGUGUGCGGGUGCAGUGA